AGCGAGAUCAGCUGUGAGCCUGGCAUGACACGGAUGGAGGCUGAGAACAACGGGAAGCCCCUGCUGAUCCGUGAGGAGUCAUCUCUUAAUAUCCCAGCUAUUGCUGCUGCCCACGUUAUUAAGAGAUACGUUGCCCAGGCACCGGGUGAACUCUCCUUGGAGGUGGGAGACCUCGUGUGUGUCAUCGAGAUGCCGCCUCAGGAGCUGAGCCCCCGCUGGAGAGGCAAGCACGGCUUUCAGGUUGGAUUUUUCCCUGGGGAGUGUGUGGAACUCAUUAACAACAAAGUUCCCGAGGCUCUCAUCAAUUCAGUGCCAAAGCCAGUGCCAAAGAAGCGCGGCAAGCUCCUCACCUUCCUUCGUUCCGUGGUGAAGGCCCGCCCAAAGCAACGGAAAGAGCAGGAGGUGGAGAAGGAGAGGGUGUUUGGCUGUGACCUGGGAGAGCAUCUUCUGCACUCUGGUCGUGAUGUCCCCCAGGUCCUCCAGAGCUGCGCCGAGUUCAUCGAGCAGCAUGGCGUGGUGCAGGGGAUAUACCGCCUGUCCGGCGUGGCGUCCAACGUCCAGAGACUGCGCCAGGAAUUUGAGUGUGAGCAGGUUCCUGAGCUAACCGUCCGCGACGUUCACAGCGCGAGCUCCCUCUGCAAAAUGUACUUCAGGGAGCUCCCGACCCCCCUGCUGACCGACCAGCUGUACGACAAGUUCUCGGAUGCUGUUGGUGCCACUACGGAGGAGGAGCGGCUGGUCAGAAUGCGGGACACCAUCCAGCAGCUGCCCGCUCCUCAC